AAUGUCUGUUUACGUCCCGUCUGAGGAGUCGUUGCUGCUGCAGCUUUUUUUUCUCGUGGUGGAACUGUGACCUGCUGCAGUUAGUUGCUGUUUAAAGACUUAAUAUGAAGUUAUUCUGAAAUUGUUCACGUUUACGUCCCCGCAGAGGCCAGACAUGUUGGUCAGGGUCAUGACAGAUUAGGUUUAUUUGAGUUAGGCCAACUGACAGUAAACAGGAGACUUUGGUGCUACUAACGUUAGCUGGCAAAGCAACUUAGCUUAGGCGCUUUGAAUCUGCCUUACUGCCGCGACAGGUAUUAUGACAAUUCUUGCCAACUUCUUCUGUGUGUGUCGCUUCUUGUGUUGUCUUCCUGGGCCCUCUAGCCCGCUUCAUAUAGCUGUGUUUUCUUGAGUUGUUGUCUGGCGUUGGCGUUAGCCGUCAGCUGUCGUUGACUGCUGCUGACUGUUAGCUGAUGUGUAGCUAUAGUUAUUGCCUCCCAGUGGUGGAAAAAGUGUUCAAAUCUUUUAACGAUUCCUGCGGUAGUUUGAGAUCCUUGACGGAUUCCCAAGGCAACAUGGCUCCUAAAGACAUCAUGACCAACUCGCAUGCCAAAUCCAUCCUCAAUGCAAUGAACUCACUACGCAAGAGCAACACGCUCUGCGACAUCACUCUGAGGGUGGACAGCACAGACUUUCCAGCUCACCGGAUCGUCCUGGCCGCCUGCAGCGACUAUUUCUGUGCCAUGUUCACCAGCGAGCUUGCAGAAAAGGGGAAAUCGUUUGUCGACAUUCAGGGACUCACUGCAUCGACUAUGGAGAUCUUGUUGGACUUUGUGUACACAGAGACGGUUCUUGUCACAGUGGAAAACGUGCAAGAACUGCUUCCUGCAGCAUGUCUGCUGCAACUUAAAGGGGUGAAAAGGGCGUGCUGCGAUUUUCUGGAGAGUCAGCUCGAUCCGUCCAACUGCCUGGGGAUCCGCGACUUCGCCGAAACUCACAACUGCCUUGACCUGAUGCAGGCCGCCGAGCUCUUUUCCCAGAAGCAUUUCUCCGAGGUGGUUCAGCACGAGGAGUUCAUGCUCCUGAGCCAAACAGAAGUCGAAAAGCUCAUAAAGUGUGAUGAAAUCCAGGUGGAUUCAGAGGAGCCUGUUUUUGAAGCCGUGUUGAACUGGGUCAAACACAACAGGAAAGAGCGAGAACCGUACCUCCCGGACAUGCUGGAGUUUGUCCGCAUGCCGCUCCUCACCCCCCGCUACAUUACCGAUGUCAUCGAUGCCGAGCCUCUCAUUCGAUGUAGCCUGCCUUGUCGAGACCUUGUUGAUGAGGCCAAAAAAUUCCACUUAAGACCGGAGCUGAGGAGUGAGAUGCAGGGUCCUCGCACACAAGCCAGAUUAGGUGCCAAAGAAGUCCUGCUGGUUAUAGGUGGGUUCGGCAGCCAGCAGUCUCCAAUCGAUGUUGUAGAGAAAUAUGAUCCCAAAACCCAGGAAUGGAGCUUUCUACCCAACAUCGCCCGUAAAAGACGCUACGUCGCCACCGUGUCUCUACACGAUCGAGUUUACGUCAUCGGGGGCUACGACGGCCGGUCGAGGCUCAGCUCUGUGGAGUGUCUGGACUACACAGCCGAUGAAGACGGUGUUUGGUACACCGUCGCCACCAUGAACGUACGCCGCGGUCUCGCUGGAGCCACGACUCUGGGAGAUAUGAUAUAUGUUGCUGGCGGCUUCGAUGGCAGCCGACGGCACACCAGCAUGGAGCGAUACGAUCCGAAUAUUGACCAGUGGAGCAUGCUGGGAGAUAUGCAGACUGCUAGAGAGGGAGCUGGUCUAGUGGUGGCCAGUGGGCUUAUAUAUUGUCUCGGUGGUUAUGAUGGCCUAAAUAUUUUAAACUCAGUGGAAAGAUAUGACCCUCACACAGGCCACUGGACCAGCGUGACACCCAUGGCCACGAAGCGAUCAGGGGCUGGUGUGGCGCUACUGAACGACCACAUUUAUGUUGUGGGAGGGUUUGAUGGCGUUUCACACCUCGACUCGGUGGAGGUUUACAACAUCAGGACAGACUACUGGACCACUGUGGCCAGUAUGACGACUCCUCGGUGUUACGUGGGCGCAACCGUCCUCAGAGGACGACUCUACGCCAUCGCCGGAUACGAUGGAAACUCCCUCCUCAGCAGUAUCGAAUGUUAUGACCCGGUUAUCGACUCCUGGGAGGUCGUCACCUCCAUGGCAACCCAGAGGUGCGACGCAGGAGUCUGUGUUCUGCGGGAGAAGUAACCCUGCGUCCGCCACAAUGAGGACGAGAACAGAACAGGCAGUUAAGACUCUAUUGAAAAUGUCGCUACAAAGUAGAACCACAGAGGAAGGAUG